AUGGCUAGCCCUCCUGUGCUAGCUUUCGAUGCUGAGGGCCGCCCAGUGAAGUUUGACACCUGGCUCGAUGACCUGCACCUAUUCCUACAACUCACUGCCAAGGAAGACAUCUCACUGUACGAUCACGCCUUAGGCCAUGCCACUGCCCCUGCUGCUACUGCUGACAGCACUGCCCGCUCACAGUGGCAGACUCGUGACGCCCACGCUCGCUUUGCUAUUCGCAACUCCCUGCCGAUAGAUGAGCGCGAGCACUUUGGCCAGCACAAGACUGCACAGGCACUGUACACCGCUGUCGUUGCCCGCUACUCCUCACCUGCCUCUGCCGCGCUAGGCCGUCUCUCACUCCCCUACCUGUUCCCCGACCUGGCCUCUUUCCACACAGUCGCUGACCUCAUCACGCACCUCCGUACUAGUGAGGCCCGCUUCCGUGCCGCUAUGCCCGAUGAGUUUCUUGCCACGAACCCCCCCCCGCUCUGGCUCACUCUCUACCACCUAGUCACCCGCCUCCCUGACACUCUGCGUGCAGUCAGGGAUCACUUCCUAUCUCGCUGCCCCACUGAGCUCACCAUUGCCCUCCUCGAGAAGGAACUACUUGCAGCUGAGGCUAGCAUAGUCGCUUUCGGUGCCUCUCGUGGCGACCCCCGCACCCCUUUCUUUGAGGGGUGUUCCCCUUCCCCCCUUCUUCCCUCUGUAGCCUCUGCUUCUGCUGCCGACCUCCUUGGUGCUGAGAAGGUCGGGACUGCGUCCACUUCGAGCUGGCGCCGCAGCGGCAAGGGCAAAGGGGGCAAGGGAGGCGGAGGUGACGGCGGGGGAGGCGGUGGUGGGGGCGGUGGAGGCGGUGGGGGUGGUGGUGGGGCUGGAGGGACUAGUGGCAGCGGUGGGGGUGGUGGCGGCAGCGGCGGGGGAGGUGGCAGGGGCGGGGGCGGUGGUGGGGGCGGCGGUGGUCGUGGCGGCGGCAGGGGAGGGGGUGGUCGAGGAGGUGGCGGCGGCGGUGGUGGUCGUGGAGGCGCUGGCAGUGGCCAGAGCCAGCAGCGCACUCCGUCGCCCCAGGAGCUCCGUAAGUGGUACUCUCAGCACGGGGGGGGGGGUGGCCUUAGCUGCACGUACGUCAUCCGCACUGGUGACCGCACUGGUCAGACGUGUGGGAGGGCGCACACCACGCAGCGCUGCUUCUCUCGCCUCGACGACGCUUGGCGUACUCAGUUCCCUGAUGCCACUGAGCUGCCCCGCUGGGCUGAUCUGAUGAAAAAGAACAUUGAUAUCUAUGCUCUAGACUUUGAUGCUAUUCUCACUGCCAUGUAUGUGAUGUCUACUAGUGGAGAGGGUGCUCAGUACCUGCGUGUUCCGCCCGACCCGGGCAUUCGGACCAGUGAGGCUACCGCUCUAGGUGCUGGUGAGGCUGCUGCUCUAGGUACUAGUGAGUCUGCGCCCCCUGGUACUGAGUCGACUGAGGCACUACACACCUUCACACUGGACUCAGGUGCUUCUCGCUGUUUCUUUCGUGACCGCACUGCCCUUGAGCCGCUUGCUCGGCCAGUUGCUGUCUCCCUCGCUGACCCCUCUGGGGGUCCGGUCAUUGCGACCUCCUCCACUGUCCUUCCUUGUCCUGCGGUCCCGUCGGGCACACUGUCAGGUCUCCACCUCCCCUCGUUCUCUACGAACUUGGUGGCGGGUUGUGCGCUCCAGGACGGGGGUGUUCACCAGUUCACCCCUGCCUACGAGCGCGUGACACACUGCACGUGUGCUCGGACGGGCCGUCACCUGGCUACCUUCACUCGGCAGCCGGGGUCGGACCUGUACACACUGACCACUGAAUCCCCUCAGGUAGCUGCGUCUGCGUCUGCGUCAGGUCAGCUGUCGGCCCCCUGCUCGUGUCGCUCUCUGGCGCACGAGACCGUCCUCUGGCACCACCGACUUGGUCACCCGUCUGUGCAGCGCCUUCGUGCCAUGCAUAAACGGUACCUUGUCUCUGGUCUUCCCAGGGUUCUCCCUCCCCUCCCACCCUCGCCUGCUCCUCCCUGUCUUCCCUGUGUCGAGGGGCGGCAGCGCGCCGCUCCUCACUCCUCCUCGUUUCCUCCGACGACUGCUCCCUUGCAGACGCUCCACAUGGACGUGUGGGGCCCAGCCCGCGUCCGUGGUCAGGGUCAGGAAAGGUACUUCCUGAUAGUUGUUGAAGACUACUCGCGCUACACCACGGUCUUCCCCUUGCGCACCAAGGGUGAGGUCCCUGAUGUUUUGAUCCCUUGGAUCCGCGCUUCUCGUCUCCAGCUCAGCGAGCGUUUCCACUCGGACUUUCCUGUCCUGCGCUUGCACUCUGACAGAGGUGGUGAGUUCUCCUCCGACCUCUUGGCAACCUACUGUGCGGAGCACGGCAUCCGCCAGUCGUUCACGCUUCCGGCCUCUCCACAGCAGAAUGGGGUUGCUGAGCGCCGCAUUGGCUUGGUCAUGGAGGUCGCUCAUACCUCCUUGAUCCAUGCGGCUGCCCCCCACUUUCUGUGGCCGUUUGCGGUCCGAUACGCUGCGCAUCAGCUCAACCUCUGGCCCCGUGUCUCCUUGCCGGAGACUUCCCCGACACUGCGUUGGACGGGAGAGGUUGGCGAUGCGUCGCGUUUUCGGGUCUGGGGAUCUCGAGCCUUUGUUCGCGAUACGUCCGCGGACAAGCUCUCCUCCCGCGCUGUUCCUUGUGUCUUCCUUGGCUUUGUCCCGGACGCGUCUGGUUGGCAGUUUUACCACGCCACCUCGCGCCGUGUCCUGCCCUCUCAGGACGUCACUUUUGACGAGUCCGUGCCCUACUACCGCCUCUUCCCCUACCGCACUGCCCCGCUCCCCCCCCCGCCUCUCUUCCUCGCCCCAGGUGCUGCUAUGGUAGACCCCCUCCCCCCUCAGGGUGCCGCUCCCUCAGGUGUGUCCCAGGUAGACCCGGUUGAGCCUGUCGAGUGCUUCCCCUCCUAG